AUGGCUGAGUUCAUACUCUCUGGUACAAACAACUUCCGUAAGUUCACUUACGAAUCUUUGGCUGCUAUUGAAAAGAGAAUUGCUGCCAAGAAGGAUUGUCAAAAAAAUAUCAUAGACCAGAAACCUGAGGAGAAACCACGUCCUCAACUUGACUUAAAAGCUUUCCAGAAAUUACCGGCUCUGUAUGGAAAUCCUCCUCCAGAGCUCAUUGGGGAACCACUGGAAGAUCUUGACCCGUACUACAAAGAUCGCAAGAUUUUCAUAGUGCUAAACAAACAGAAAACAAUCUUCAGGUUUACUGCUACACGUGCCUUAUGGAUCCUCAGUCCUUUCCAUCCAAUCCGAAGAACAGCAAUUAAAAUUUUAAUACAUUCAUUAUUCACUUGGUUUAUAAUGUGCACUAUUAUAACUAAUUGUGUGUUCAUGGCUCAGAAUGAGUCUAAGAGUUCUGCAUCUUCUUCAUGGAACAAAUAUGUUGAAUUUACUUUCACUGGCAUUUACACUUUUGAAUCAUUGAUAAAAAUAUUGGCAAGAGGAUUCUGCCUAAAUGAAUUCACUUUCCUUCGAGAUCCCUGGAACUGGUUGGAUUUCAGUGUGAUUGUUAUGGCGUAUGUGGGAGCAUUCAGUAGCCUGGGGAGUGUAUCAGUCCUUCGGACUUUCAGGGUUCUGAGAGCCUUAAAAACCAUUUCAGUAGUCCCAGGACUCAAGAUCAUUGUAGGGGCACUUAUCCAGUCUGUUAAGAAACUUGCCAAUGUGAUGAUCCUGACCGUUUUCUGCCUGAGUGUCUUUGCCCUCAUAGGCCUCCAGCUUUUCAAGGGCAAUCUGAGACAGAAGUGUAUCAGGAAUUAUACAGAUCCCAGUAUCAAAGAGUAUUUACAAAACAAAACAUGGGAAUCCUAUGAAAUGUUUGCUAAUUAUACAGAACAUUUUGCUCAGAAGCCAGACUCCUCGGACAUCUUGCUAUGUGGUCCCAGCGCUGGGACCUGUCCUCCAGAAUACACAUGCUUGAAAAUUGGGCCCAAUCCUGAUUACGGUUUCACCAGUUUUGAUACCUUUGGCUGGGCUUUUCUUUCCUUAUUCCGCCUGAUGACCCAGGACUACUGGGAGCGUCUGUAUCAGCAGACCCUCAGAGCUUCUGGGAAGGUGUAUAUACUCUUCUUCAUGCUGGUCAUCUUUCUGGGCUCAUUUUAUCUAGUCAACUUGAUUCUGGCUGUAGUAACAAUGGCAUACGAAGACCAGAACAAGGCCACUAUUGCUGAAACAGAGGCAAAGGAAAGGAAAUUUCGGGAAGCCAUGGAAUUAUUGCAGAAAGAGCAGGAGUCAUUGGCUGCUAAAGGGAUUGAUAUCCUGUCAAUUAGCUCCUUCGAAGCCUCUCCUUUGUCUACCAAAGAAAUCAAAGAAAGAAGCAAUAGGAAAAAGAGAAAUAAGUCCUUGGGGAUAGAAGAUUAUGAAGAACAACAAUUUCCCAAGUUACAGCCCACAGACAGUCAACGAAAGUUGGCUCUCCUUGGCUUGGUGUACGGCCCCAACACUAAUCAGGUGAAACGCAGGCUGAGCCACGGGAGUGUAUUCAAUUUCCAAAUACCUGCCUUAGAAGUCGACUCCAAAGUGGAUUUUGGUGACGAGGAGACUCGCAGUGCAGGGGAGAACGAAAUCCAGGGGAGAUCACUGUCGGUGCCGCAGGUGGGAAGACGCUGCAGCAUGCAGAGCCAAGCAAGCCAUGGCUCCCAUCCUGCUACCCCCAGCUGCGGGCAGGGAGGCAAGUGGACCAACACCGAUGACUGCAAUGGCAUGAUUUCGGUGAUGGAAGGAGGGAAUGGCAAGGUGCACGGUCUAGAUCCAGCAUCUACUGAAGGGGUUCCACUUCCGCCGGUAAUGGAAGACCCAGGGAAGGGUGAUCUGCCAGCUGUAAAUGAUGAGAGCAGCAUGAUGCAUUUGCAUCCUCAUCUGUCAGUGGAGUACUUUAAUGAGGCAUUUCAGAGACAAAGGGCAGCAAGUGCAGUCAGCAUAAUUACCAGUGUCUUGGAGGAACUUGAAGAAUCCCAACGGAGAUGCCCGCCAUGCCUGAAAGAUUUUGCUUUAAAGUAUCUAAUUUGGGACUGUUGUCCACUUUGGUUGAGAAUCAAGAAAAAAGUAGCUGCUUUCAUAAAGGAUCCUUUCAUUGAUCUCACCAUCACUCUUUGCAUUGUGAUGAACACUUUGUUCAUGGCACUGGAACACAAUAAUAUGUCAGAUAAUUUUAAAUCAAUGCUUAAUGUAGGCAACUUGGUCUUUACAGGAAUCUUCACUGCAGAAAUGAUCUUAAAAAUCAUUGCUCUAGAUCCCUAUUAUUAUUUUCAGCAGCCCUGGAAUAUUUUUGACAGCAUAAUUGUCACAUUGAGUUUAAUUGAAUUGAGUUUACCCAAACACAAAGGCAAGAAAGAGAGAAGAAAAGGAGGAACCCUGUCAGUUUUACGAUCCUUCAGACUGCUGAGGGUCUUCAAACUGGCAAAGUCCUGGCCAACUUUAAAUACUCUUAUUAAAAUCAUUGGUAACUCUCUGGGCGCACUGAGUAACCUGACCCUCGUCCUGGCAAUCAUAGUUUUUAUUUUUGCUAUAGUAGGAGUGCAACUUUUUGGGUCAAACUAUAGAGACAACAUAUUUAAAAUAAACAAAAAUGGCAAGCCACGCUGGCACAUGAUGGACUUUUUCCAUUCGUUCCUCGUCAUUUUCCGAAUUCUGUGUGGAGAAUGGAUUGAAACCAUGUGGGACUGCAUGGUGGUAGCUGAAAAACCACUGUGCCUUCUUGUCUUUCUGCUGGUCAUGGUGAUAGGAAAUUUAGUGGUCCUCAACCUUUUCAUUGCAUUGCUGCUGAAUUCUUUCAGUACCGACUGUCUCCAGACAGCAGAAGAUGAUGGAGAGAUGAACAAUCUUCGGAUUGCCUUUGCUCGCAUUAACAAGGGAUUUCACUCUGUGAAGAGUGUUACGUGGGACACCUGUUGUGGAAAGCUCAGGCAUCUAAAGAAAGCACACAGAAAGAAAAACAAAUUGACAGCCCAGAACCCACUUGGUCUGGGAGAAGAAAGAAAAAAUUGUAAAGAGAAUUACAGCAAUGAAUGGGGUGAAAAAAAUUGGGAAAACUGUGCAGGGCUUGAAGAUUUUAUUACCAAUCCCAAUGUAUUUGUUUGUGUCCCUAUUGCUGAGGCAGAGAAUACAAGUGAUGGUUUUGAAGAUGAUGAUAAACUGAGCACAUUUACAGACAUAGAAUACAGUAAGCAGGAGGAAAAUCAUCUGAGGCAAAGGGGAGAAAAAGGGAAAAAUUCAGGAAGCUGGAGCAAGGGGUCAGGACUUUCCUCUGAAGAAUUCAGUGUGCUUUACCUAGGAAAAGAUAGGAAGGCUGAACCAUCAUCACCAGAGCAAAAAGAGUUUGACAGUGCCAGCUCCUCUGAAGGCAGUACAGUGGAUCUGACAAAUCCUGAAGAUCUUUUGAGGCAGAUUCCAGAGUUUGCUGAAGACAUGAAGACUCCAGAAAAGUGUUUUCCAGAAGGUUGUGUUCGAUACUUUCGUUGUUAUAAGGGCAGUGCCCUAAACUUUGGAGGACAAACAUGGUGGAAUCUGAGAAAAACCUGCUACCAAAUUGUUGAACAUUCCUGGUUUGAAUCCUUUAUCAUAUUCAUGAUUCUUCUGAGCAGUGGAGCCUUGGCUUUUGAAGACAUCCAUAUAAAUGAGAGAAAACACAUUAAAGCUAUGUUGUCAUUUCUUGACAAAAUGUUCACUUUCAUCUUUGUUCUGGAGAUGCUCCUGAAAUGGGUGGCUUAUGGCUUCAAGAAGUAUUUCACCAAUGCCUGGUGCUGGCUUGACUUUCUUAUAGUAGAUGUGAGUUCUGUCUCUUUAAUAAAUCUCUUAGGUAGCUCAUUUGAUGCUGUGAAAUCUCUUAGGACUCUCCGAGCUCUGAGACCCUUAAGAGCAUUGUCAAGAUUUGAGGGGAUGAGGGUGGUGGUCAAUGCCCUCGUGGGAGCCAUCCCUUCUAUCAUGAACGUUCUGCUUGUCUGCCUCAUCUUCUGGCUCAUCUUUAGCAUCAUGGGGGUGAACCUGUUUGCUGGGAAGUUUGGGAAAUGUGUCAAUAUGACAGAAGAAAAUUCAGUAUUGAAUACUUCAAUCAAUGACUUAACAGACUGCAAAAUGUAUAAUAACACAGGAAAAAUAUUCUGGGUCAAUGUUAAAGUCAACUUCGAUAAUGUUGGCUCUGGCUACCUGGCUCUUCUUCAGGUGGCAACAUUUAAAGGUUGGAUGGACAUCAUGUAUGCGGCAGUAGAUUCACGAGAGAAAAAUGAACAGCCACAAAUGGAGCACAGUUUAUUUAUGUAUCUCUACUUUGUGAACUUCAUCAUCUUUGGAUCUUUCUUUACCCUGAAUCUCUUUGUUGGUGUUAUUAUUGACAAUUUCAACCAACAAAAGAAAAAGAUAAGUGGGGAAGAUAUCUUUAUGACAGAAGAACAGAAAAAAUAUUACAAUGCAAUGAAAAAGUUGGGAUCCAAGAAACCUCAAAAACCCAUUCCAAGACCACUGAAUAGAUACCAAGGGUUCCUUUUUGACAUUGUAACACGUCAGGCCUUUGAUGUCAUCAUCAUGAUUCUCAUCUGCCUUAAUAUGAUCACUAUGAUGGUGGAAACCUAUGACCAAAGUGAAACGAAGACUAACAUUCUUAACAAGAUCAAUAUACUCUUCGUUGCUAUCUUUACUGCAGAAUGCGUAGUGAAAUUGGUGGCUCUGAGGCAGUACUAUUUCUCGAAUGCCUGGAACAUAUUUGAUAUAGUUGUUGUGAUCAUGUCACUUCUUGCUUUACUGCUUUCUGGCAUUGGUAAAGCACUUGAACAUUUCUUACCACCCACACUCUUCAGGGUUAUUCGCUUGGCUCGGAUUGGACGAAUACUGAGACUCAUACGGGCUGCCAAAGGAAUUCGAACUCUGCUCUUCGCCUUAAUGAUGUCCUUACCUGCUCUAUUUAACAUUGGCCUCUUGCUUUUUCUAGUCAUGUUCAUUUAUGCUAUUUUUGGCGUGGCUAAUUUUGCUUAUGUGAAGAUGGAAGAUGGCAUUGAUGACAUGUUCAAUUUCCAAACCUUUGCUAACAGCAUGCUCUGUCUCUUCCAAAUCACAACGUCAGCUGGCUGGGAUGGUCUUCUCAGUCCUCUUUUAAACACCGGGCCACCGUUUUGUGAUCCAAAUGUGAGAGGUAGAGUAGGUGAAUGUGGUAAACCUGCGAUAGGAAUUAUUUAUUUUGUGAGUUACAUCAUUAUAUCAUUUCUCAUUGUUGUAAACAUGUAUAUAGCUGUUAUUUUGGAGAACUUCAAUGCUGCUACUGAGGAAAGUACGGAGCCUUUAGGGGAAGAUGACUUUGACAUCUUUUAUGAAAUCUGGGAGAAAUUUGACCCUGAAGCAACUCAGUUCAUAACUUUCUCUGCACUUUCAGACUUUGCAGAUGCUCUGGCUGAACCUUUACGUGUACCGAAACCAAACAAAAUUGAACUCAUAGCAAUGGACCUGCCUAUGGUCAGUGGAGACAGGAUUCACUGCUUGGAUAUCUUGUUUGCUUUCACCAAAAGAGUGUUAGGAGAUUCUGGGGAGAUGGAUACACUAAAAGUACAAAUGGAGGAGAAGUUCAUGUCUGUUAAUCCAUCCAAAAAAUCCUAUGAGCCAAUCUCUACUACACUCAGACACAGACAAGAGGAAGCUUCUGCCACCGUCAUCCAGCGUGCCUACAGGAGUCAUUUGCUCCAGCGCUCCAUAAAGCACGCUUCUUACCUGUACCAUCACAGAACGUACAGUGGUGACACUCUUGGAGAUGCUGCUCCAGAAAAAGAAGGACUUAUUGCAUCUAUGAUGAGAGAAAACUAUGGCAGGAAUCUUGAAAAGUCUGAAACUUCUUCCUCAACGUCCUUUCCUCCAUCAUACGACAGUGUCACAAGAGCCAGUAGUGGCAAUCUGAUGAUUGAGAAUGAACUUACAGGUCAGCAACAAUCCCCAGACAUAAAAUAG